UGAGAUUUGUGCGUAGAGGGGCCAAAAGGCCACUUCCUAACAACCGCCCUAGUCCAUAGAAAUGGUAGAGUCAAUACUGGACUUAAUUGACGCCCCUGCCCCUCGCCCUGUCCCUCUCUAACGGCAUAAAUCAGCGAGACAGAGACAGAGGGAGCCGUUUCUGUUGGUUCUGAGAUUUUUUGGAAUAGGUAAUCUUAGAGAAUGGAGAAGGAGUGGAAAGACGGUGUGGGAGCAAAUGAGGCAGAAAAUAGUUUCUCAUUGGAAAGCAAUGAGAUCGAGCAAAGCAAAGUGGGUAUCAUGAGAGCUCUCGUCGAAGCAGAAGACCCCUCUGCCAAGGAAGAGGAUGAUUUGAUGAUCCGCAGAUUUCUGCGGGCUCGUGAUCAGGAUAUUGAGAGGGCUUCUAACCUAUUCUUGAAGUACCUGAGCUGGAGGCGGACAUUUGUACCUAAUGGCUCCAUAUCGACGUCGGAGAUUACAAAUGAACUAGCCCAUAACAAGUUGUUUAUGCAAGGCAUGGACAAGAAGGGACGCCCAAUAGUGGUUUGCUUUGGUGGCAGGCAUAAGCAGAACAAUCUAGAGGAGUUCAAGCGUAUGUCGAGGCUUUGAAACCAUAUUUCAUAGUUUUCUAUCAUCCAGCAACUGGGAUUUGACACAAACCAUUGCAAAAACUGUGUUUAGCUCAUCUUCUUGCAACCUCCCUGGUGCAAAUAGGACCUGAUGCUUAGUUAAACUGACAUGG